AGGCCAUCGAGUGAAGUAAAGUACCUACCUACCUCAUAUGUAGGUACAUUACUAACUUAGGUAAUAUGUAGUUUUCAAUCGAGCAGCUUCUACACAUGCAUGUAGUUAUUGGCGUUUCCAGCACACAUGUUACACUGCCUCCGGGCAACCCCUCACAGAAUGAAGCUUCCUCAUAGCAGAAUCAUGAUUGUUGGCAUUGCAGCCUUACAGCCCAUGUAUGCCUUGCGUUUGCCUUCCUGGGCCCGGAUACCUUAUUGUUUUUUCUUUGUCGUUCUUCUUUAGGUAGAUGCCCACCAUAUUCAACAUUCGGAAGGUAUCUUUGUGUUUUGGCUAGAAGUCCUAUUUUCCGAGACAGUAGUCAAGCUACAUCAUAAAUAAGGCCUUUAUCGAAUCCCUCUUCUUACCUCCCCACAACCGUGAUAGUAUCAUACAACCGACUUAACCAUACCUCCUCGAUAGUUUGCCUAAGCUAACUUGGUAGAGCAUACGUAUGAUCAUGAACCGCUACCCGCCUACUAAAAACCAUAAACCACCAUGUCGAAACUUCCAGCGUGGCAACUGCAACUAUGGGAGCCGUUGCAAAUUCUCCCACGAGAUCUCGUCGUCCUCUGGGGCCCAACCCCAGGCAUCCACGCAACGUAGAAACCCUCGAGAGGACCAGGGCCCGGCUAAAGACUGUCUUAGGGAAUGGAAGCGACUGCUUGGAGUAACCCACUCUAACUCGCGCUCUGUUCGUUCAUCUACCGUCAAGAGUCAGCAGACAUGCGACCGUUUUUUCAACCUUGCUCUCGAACUAAUGGAUGGAGACGUUGGGGCUUCACAGGAGACAGUGAAAUUAAUGGCCCAAGAUGCUGGCCUUGAUUUUAUAAAGAAUGUCAUUGACCAGCAAAUACCUAUGGCCAUAAGGAAUUCCACCAAAGUUCACCUAUGGCUUCAUCAGAUACGACCUAUGUUCCAACUUCUCACCCACCCACGGGUCGUUGAUUCUAACGUGCUUGAACAACAUGUCGCCGCCAUAUGUAACUUCAUCCAGGGAAUUGGGGGCAGAAGAAUGAAACCGCUAUUUGAUUUCAUUCUGGAUUUGCUCAAUGUUUGGCCAAUCUUAUCCGUAUCCGAAGCAGAUGGGUACGGCAUAUCUGCUUGUGAACUCUCACUCUCUGUGUUGACUAUCAUGAUUGACUGCAACACAAGCAACAUUAUCAAUGAUAACUAUAAACAUAUUGCUGAGAGAUUCGAAUCUGCUGUUCAAGCUGCUCACGAUUCUUCAGACGACUUUUCUAAGUUCCAGGCUCAGAAACAUCUACAAUACAUUUGGCGGCGGCUUGGUGUCGGGAAUGCACUGGUCGAGGAAGAAGAAGGAAAGAAAGCGCCUGUAACACGAGCGGAGUUUGUGAUGCGGAAGGAUCUUCCAGGAAGACUUUCGGCACAAGGACCACGUCAUGACAACGACCACGAGGACAUUUGCAAAAUCAGAAUUCUACCUACACCAGAAGAAAUCACAUCUACGCGGAAUGAGUACUUACCUACAACUGAUUCAACCCUAUUCCAUAAACCUGGUAUACAGGGCCGCCUUGACAGAGAGUUCCGUCUUCUGAGAGAGGAUACAGUUGGUCAACUUCGUGAUACGGUUGCUUUGCAGCUCGAAGCUAUGCGAAACCCAAAAAGUAAACAAGACCGCACCGACCGAAAUACCCUUCGUACUUACGCAUACGAAGAGGCGGAAAUUAUUGACGUCAGCUUUGAUAUAAUCCAGGGGAUGGAUUUACUUGUUCAGUUCUACCAGCCACUAUCUAAGAAGAACCAACAGCAGCGUCGAGACUGGUGGGAACACUCUAAACGACUUCGACCUGGUGGCCUUGUGUGUAUUAUCUCCGAAAGGGGGGCUGUGUUGUUUUGUGUAGUUGCCGAUAGUACCAUUAUAUCACACGCAAAGAGCCGAAAGACUAGAAAGGGAGAAGAGGAUGAUGGUGAUACUGGUAGUCCAACACUCGCCGACGAUGAAGAGUGGGCUUAUGUUCACCUACAACUAGCCGAGGCCCGCCCCGCCGAUAUUGGUGAGGCACUACGAUGCUUUCAGAAUAUUGGGGAUCAGCAGCGACGGUGCCUCGUCGAAUUUCCCGGUGUUCUCCUCCCCUCAUUCCAGCACACGCUUACUGCCCUUCAACGCAUGUCACAAAAGACCGACUUUCCAUUUGUUGACUUACUUUCUCUGCCUGAACAAAACCUAGAUUUGGGAGUUGAAGUCAUCGUCGAGCCUCCUCUAUAUACGACCAAGACGGAGUUCUCUUUCGACUUAAGUUGCCUAACAGAUGACGGAGAAAGUCUCCAUCAUUCGCCUAGGAAACCCCUCGAUCCCCAAACGCUUGCAAGUCACUCUACCCUCGAUAAAACUCAGUCUAAAGCUCUUCUGAAUGCACUCUCGCGAAGAUUGGCUCUUAUCCAGGGCCCGCCCGGUACAGGGAAAAGCUAUACGGGCGAGAAGAUCAUCAAGACCCUACUGGCAAACAAGGGGAAAGCUAGUCUCGGACCUAUUCUUUGCGUUUGCUACACCAAUCACGCACUUGACCAGUUGCUUGUGCAUCUGAUGCGUGAAAAGGUGGAAGUAAUUCGAAUUGGAUCAAGAUCGAAGGCGGAAGAACUUGAGGGAGUUAACCUUCGUAUGGUAGCUCAAUCCGCAGAGCGUACCAGAGCUGAAAGAAAUUCCAUGUGGGAACUUUCGGCAAGAAGGGACGACAUCGCUCUUUCACUAAAGAAAUCAAUCGAGGAACUUGCAUCGUGCCAAAAACUGAGCUUACUACGGCAAUAUCUUUCUCAAUUCUAUCCCCGGCACCAUGAUGCACUAUUUGGCCACGAAGAGGAGGGUGAAUGGCAGACACAGAAGACUCAUCAAAGCCCUGGCCAACUCCUAAAAAGAUGGCGAGACAGUGGCCUACGGAUCGGCUCCCCUCGCGAGCUUGAUGUCCUAAAGACGGAAGACGUUUGGAACAUGACAUUUAUUGAAAGAUCGCGCCUCUACAACUUUUGGCUACGUCAAAUACGUGACCCUCUUAUUACCGAAAUCAUACAUGACUAUAAGUGUUACGAAAAGAUUAAGGAUGAUCGACAGAGGGUGUCUUGGGACGUUGACCUACGAUGUCUUCACGAAGCAGACGUUGUUGGUGUCACAACAACUGGCCUGGCGAAAAAUCUUGAGCUCCUAAGGAAAUUACGGUGCAAAGUUAUGCUAUGCGAGGAGGCAGGCGAGGUUCUCGAGGCACACACUAUCACAGCGUUUCUCCCAUCUGUUGAACAGGCCAUCCUUAUCGGCGAUCACCUCCAGCUAAGGCCCCAAAUAGCUAACUAUGACCUUCAAAGUACGAAUCCCGCGGGGGUUCAGUAUUCCUUGGACGUGUCGCUGUUUGAGCGCCUUAUCAACCCAGCAUAUGACACAGACCCAAUCCUGCCAUUUGAUACUCUAGAGACCCAACGGCGGAUGCACCCAGACGUCUCAGAAUUGAUUCGAUCAACCUUAUAUCCUUCUUUGGAUGACGGCGGAGCUGUGGCUCAAUACCCGAAUAUUUCCGGCAUGAGGAGACGUUUAUUCUGGAUGGAUCAUAAAUCACCAGAGGACCAGGCGGGUCAACUCGAUCCAUUAUCAACUUCACGGACGAACAAAUUCGAGAUUGAAAUGACAGUAUCGCUCGUUCAACACUUGGUUAGGCAGGGGUCGUAUGGUCCGGACGAUAUUGCUGUCAUAACGCCUUAUCUUGGACAGUUGAUGCGACUUCGUCGUGAAAUGGAAAGAUUGUUCGAAAUCACAGUUGGCGAGAAAGACUUGGAGGAAAUCGAAGCUGUAGAAGCUGACAAUACAAUGAGGGAGAAUGUGAUUGCCCAGCCGCAUGGACCGCCAACCGUUAAGAGAUCUCUCCUCAAGAGCAUCCGAUUAGCAACUGUCGACAAUUUCCAAGGAGAAGAGGCCAAAGUGAUAGUCAUCUCGCUCGUGAGAAGCAAUGAGGCUAAUAGAUGCGGCUUCUUAAGCACAACCAACCGCAUCAACGUUCUCCUUUCUCGGGCACAGCAUGGCAUGUAUCUGAUAGGGAACGCCAAAACAUAUGGCCACGUACCAAUGUGGGCACAGGUGCUAGACAUUCUCAGGAGAAAUGGAAAUAUAGGAGCAGAAUUGGAGUUACAGUGCCCUCGCCAUCCUGAUACACCUCUUCUAGUGUCCAAGCCUGAUGACUUCUUACGUCUUGCACCUGAAGGAGGAUGCAUCCUUCCUUGUGAUAGGAGGUUGCCGUGUGGCCAUUCGUGUAUCAACAGAUGCCAUCACGAGAAUCUACACAACGCCGUCAAAUGCCUUGAGCCCUGUCCUCGUCCUAAAAAGAGCUGUCAGCAUCCAUGCAAACUUGUUUGUGGGGAGUCUUGUAAGCCAAAAUGCGAUGAGCGUCUGCAUGGCCUCAACAUCACGCUUCCGUGUGGCCACAGAAUCUCUUCAGCAUUAUGUUGGCAAGCACAGGACCCCUCUACGAUUGAUUGUAAGGAAUCGGUUACGAAAGUUGUGCCAGGAUGUGGCCACGAGGUCGAGGUUCUCUGCCGUACAGACGUGAGUGCCAAUUCUUACAGAUGUGGGAAGAUGUGUCUUGAUCCUCAGCCAUGUGGACAUUCCUGCCGGGGUGCCUGCUACCAAUGCAAGGAAAGGAAAGGAGACAAGAUUAUCAAGACUAUCCACAACGUUUGCCGACAGAAAUGUGGUCGAAAAUACACGACCUGUCGCCACAAUUGUUCCCAGUCGUGCCACGGAGAGAAGCCCUGUCCUUUAUGCCCGGAACCUUGCGAGGUUCGUUGCAGCCAUUCCCGAUGCAGCAAGAAGUGCCACGAGCCUUGCGUGCCAUGCGCAGAGCCGACAUGCGCUUCGAGCUGUGCACACGGAAAAUGCACUAUGCCUUGUGCUGCACCUUGUGACUGGGUGCCUUGCUCAAAAAGGUGUGAGAAAGUCUUGGGUUGUGGACAUCAAUGCCCAUCAGUGUGUGGUGAGAUGUGCCCCAGCAAGGAUUUCUGCCAAGAAUGUGGUUCCGAGGACAUCAAGUCGGCUGAGGUCGACUUCAUCCUAGGUAUGAAAUAUCAUGAAAUCGACCUGGACGAGGAUCCUUGCAUCUUCCCAGACUGUGGACACUUCAAGACGAAGUCUAGUAUGGAUGGCACCAUGGACAUGAAGGCCCAUUACAAAAUGACGGACGAGGAAAAUCCAAUCGCAAUUAUCGACGCUACCCAACCCUUUUCAAUGGAUGAGAUUAAAGUCUGUGGAGACUGCCGCGGAUCCCUUCGUAAUAUCGCUCGAUAUGGUAGAAUCGUCCGUCGCGCCAUGCUUGAUGAAGCCACCAAAAAAUUUAUCUCUUGGUCACAAACCAAAUAUUUGGAACUAGCAGAUAAUUUACUUGAUGUGCAGGACCGUAUCUCGAAGCGAGCAACUCCCCUAGUUAUACCACGAAUCAAGCAACCCAAUAAACUGAGAAGUUAUCAAGGUCGCCUCAAACCACUCCAGAUUGUUCGCGAAUGGGUUGGCGGCGAUAGAUAUAACGAAGCUCUCGAGCUCUGGCACAAAUUGAGGGCCUUCGUUGGCGAAGUGAGGACAGAAGGUCAACCACUCCAGCGCGUCGAUGACCACGUCCAGCAUGCCAUACGACAGCAAAGGACCCAAGGAACGUUUGCAUUUGACGAGACUAGGAUUCAGAGGAAAAGUCACCUUCAGGCAAGCUCCAUUUCUCUAAAAUGCGAUAUCGUUAUCAUUUCCGACUUCAUGAAGAAUCGAAAGGAGCUAGCUAAAGCUCGCCCAGGGCUCAAGCUUGACUUCUCGCAGCAAAUGCAGGAAUGCAAGGUUCUGGUAGAAGAAGCAAAAAGCUCGAAGCUUCCCAGACAAGAAACUGAAGCUCGCGUUUACUUUGCGCAAUUUUGCGCUUUCAGUCGGCAACUCACAGAAUCGUCAUUGGAUAAUACCCCUAUUGCCGCUGCCGUCACUGCCGCUUCCACUUCCGCUUCUACUACCACUAUCGCUACUACCUCUACACCUGAAGAAACUAUGAAAAAGCUCAAGGAGAAAGGUUUAACCCACCUAACUAUUGCUCGGAAACUAGUGGAGGAGUAUAGUGCUCAAACACGGGGCAUGAUGGCUGAAAUCGAGGCUACGGAGACGAUGCUCAACGACGGUACAUUCUACGCCCCCGUUUCUACAAAAGAGAUGCGAGAAGUAUACGAGGCAAUGCAGAAGACUUUCUCCGGAUCCGGCCACUGGUACUACUGCAGAAACAACCACCCCUUUACUAUCGGAGAAUGCGGCAUGCCGAUGGAAUUAGCAACAUGCCCCGAGUGUGGAGCGGGCAUAGGCGGGGCUAACCAUGCACUCAUCCAGGGAGUACAACGCGCGGAGGAUAUUGACACUCUUAUAGAUCGUAUUGGCCGUAUGGGAAUUUAACGCUGCCCGGCAGAAUAUUGGACCAAGUGCCUGGUAUGCUCGGAGGUGUCCGGCUGUGGUGUGAUGCCGUCACGAUUUAUUUCUUUAGGGUCUUUGGUUCUUGGGUAGCUAGGUGGUUGGAUAGAUCUUGACCAGGUUGAAGGGAUUGGGUAGAUGUUAUAAGUAGGCAGAUACCUACCUACCUACCUAGCCUAGCCUACAAUUGAUUUGAUUUGACAGUCA